AUGCCAGAUGCCUUGAGUAACAUCCACAUCGAAGCGUUGUACGCGGAACUGCGCAGAAGGCAAGAUGAAUCUCCCGACAAGCCUGUCUGUGGGUCGGCGAAAAAGGGUGGCUACAACACGCCGGCGCAUGUCUUCGCGCUGUUUCUCAUCCUCUUCCUCAGCACACUGGCAUGCUCGUUCCCAGUCAUAGCGCGCCGCUUUCCCAAGCUCCCGAUACCGCAUCGGUUUCUCUUCAUAUCUCGACACUUCGGCACCGGUGUCCUCAUCGCAACAGCCUUCAUUCACCUCCUUCCCACAGCAUUCGUGUCUUUAACGGACCCAUGCCUGCCCGCCUUCUGGAAUGAACAGUAUCCGCCGAUGGCAGGGCUGAUUGCUAUGACGGCGGUGUUCCUGGUGGUCUCGAUCGAGAUGUUCUUCGCGACCCGCGGAGCAAAGCAUGAGCACAACCACGAAUGGGCACAAGUACCGGACGAGGAUGAAAUAAAGCCCCACCAUCACCUGCCCAAUGGAACAGGACGAAGCCACUACUUCCACAAGAUGAGAUAG